GGAACAGGAUCAACCUGUCCUGCCCAGCGACUUGUUACAGCUGCCUGCCCCUGUACUCACCCUAACUACACACCUAGCGCUACACCCCGGCGUGCGACACACCCGGAAAUACCUCUAACACACAGUGACAGCAGCACACCAGCUGCCCGCACAUUCGCUAAAAAAUAGAAAACAAAACUGCAUGCACUAGGUAGAUGCAAGAAUGGCAGCGCCUAUAUUUCUUAUAUCUGCCACGCAGACCAGAGAGCUACUCAUAUUAUUAUGUUGCAUCUAAUUAACCUGCGACUUCACUUCGUGUCGAAUCGUGCAUGUGCAAUGCGCAGACACAGACUGGCUGCAGCCGUGUGACGUGGAGCUCUGAGCGGCGCUUCCGGGAGUGACCACCAGCAACAGGGCUGUGCAUCUAGACGCUACCGCAGCCACAGUAACACCGGAGCCCGGCCAGGCGGCGUCUCCGGGCACCAUGGGGAACUUCUUUUCUAGCAUAUUUUCCAGCCUUUUUGGAACUCGGGAGAUGAGAAUAUUGAUUCUUGGUCUAGAUGGAGCCGGAAAGACCACAAUACUUUAUCGGUUACAAGUGGGAGAAGUUGUCACUACAAUUCCAACAAUCGGUUUUAAUGUAGAAACGGUGACUUACAAGAAUCUAAAGUUUCAAGUAUGGGACUUGGGAGGUCAAACAAGUAUCAGGCCAUAUUGGCGUUGCUACUAUUCCAAUACAGAUGCUGUGAUUUACGUAGUAGACAGCUGUGACAGAGACAGGAUUGGAAUCUCCAAAUCUGAACUAGUUGCUAUGUUAGAGGAGGAAGAGUUAAAGAAAGCUAUUCUAGUGGUUUUUGCAAACAAGCAAGACAUGGAACAGGCGAUGACCCCCACAGAGGUAGCAAAUUCAUUGGGAUUACCAGCUUUGAAGGAUCGCAAAUGGCAGAUUUUCAAGACAUCUGCUACAAAGGGCACUGGACUCGAUGAGGCAAUGGAAUGGUUGGUGGAGUCCCUGAAGAGCAGGCAGUAAAUCCUAUCCUGUCAUGCUAUAUAUUUCACUCCACAAUAAGAUCGCCUCCAGAUGUACAUACUGCACCAUCACCGCCUGACGUUCCCAUAGUAGUUAAAAGGAUUCUCUGAAUGAAAUUCCUUACAUACCAAUCUCCAGUAGCACAGUGUCAUUCUGCACUUUUAGUUGGGUUAUGUAGUGUACUUUAAAUUUAUUUUACCUUUUCUGUAAUGAUUCUGGUAAUUUGGAGAAUGCACAUUGCUCUGAGAACACCGUUUCCCUUAAACAGUUUAUUAAACAGCCUCAUUGAUUAUAGCCAGCAGGAAGAAUGGCCUCUGUGUAUUGUGACUCUAUUCAAGACCACCUGUACAACAAAAGCAAAUAAAAUAUUUAUAAUGGAAAA